CAGUAUACAAAAGUAGCGACGCUCACUCCAGUAGCACAGUACCGGUGCAGCCACAGCCAGCUACUGUCUCAUUACUGUUGUUAUCAGGGAGCUCCACAGUCAGUUACUGUUAUUGUCCAGUUACUGAACAGCAAGUACCCAGCUUGGUUAUUCGACAGUAGUUAUUGUUGUUUUCCAGUAUUAGCUCAACCCUUUUGCUUUACUGGUACAUCAGUAGUACAUCAGUAGUGUUCUUUUUCCAGUAGCUCUGUCGUUUGUUUCACUGUAGUAUCAGUUAUUUUACAGUAGUUACUGUUACUGCUAUAAAAUGGGACCGAAUAUUCUCAAUUUUUUGGCGGCAUCAGCGUUUUUGUUAGCUGUUUUUUCGAGUUUCAUCAGCAUCGCAUCGAGUGCCAAAUUGCAGGCUCUACCUCUACCAAGCUACGUUGGAAAGGGAUGUAGUCCUAACGAUCCAAAUCUGAAUGAAUGUGUUGUUAAAACUGGAGCACCUGCUAUCAAAAAAAUAGCUCAAGGCGAUCCAAAGUACAGAAUUCCAAAACUGGAUCCUCUGACAAUUCCGCAAAUAAAGAUCAGACAAGGAACCAGACAGGUCGGUCUCUCUCUGGAGCUCAACAACCUCAAGAUGUACGGACUCCAGGAUGUUGACUUCAGAAGCGCCAGGUUGGACCUGAACAAUAGUCAUUGCGAAUGGGACUUUUUCCUCAAGAAAAUGACCAUGAUAGGCAAAUACAACGUAUCAGGCCAAGUACUUGUUCUUCCUAUCACAGGACAAGGGGAUGCUAACGUUACUGUCACCGGUGUAACCUUUACAUUCAUUUAUGACUACAUUCUGGAGAAACGCGCCAAUGGUUUGGAAUAUGUCAAGGUCACGGACUACAAGAUGCCCUUCCAGGUCACUGACAUGAAAAUCAAACUCGAUAAUCUGUUCAACGGAGAUCGACUAUUAGGUAGCAACAUGAACCAAUUCCUGAACGAGAACUGGCAAGAGAUCAUGAAAGAACUGGGACCGGCCAUGGGUGAAGCUCUCGGCGAAAUCUUCAAGCAAACUUUGACAUCCAUGGCCGACGUUGUGCCAUUCAAAAAUAUUUUCCCCAAAGACUGAUUAAAUUUAAUUAUGUACUCUUCACUCAUUAAUGAUUAGCCGAUCCAUCAUUUAUCAUAAAAUAAAAAAAUUUCACCACUCCUAAUCAAUCCCUAAACUAAUUGUUAUUUUUAUAUUACAUUGAAUCACUGUAGCAUUUCAUACACUUUUUCAUGAUCAUUAUCAUUUGUUAUAUAUUCAUUUAAAAAUAAAUCACAUUAGACCUUUCAAUAUUCUAGAA